AUGACGAGACAAAGAGAAAGCAAAGAAUAUAGUGACUUCGCAAUUAUGGUUGGUGAUAAAGAAAUACCAGCACACAGGAAUGUUCUGUCAGCAGGAUCAGAUUACUUUCGUGCAAUGUUGUCUCAUGAAAAUGUUGAAAGUAGAACUGGUAUUGUGACAAUGCAACAAGUUCAGUACUCAAGCGUAAAAACUUGCAUCGAUUAUAUUUAUACUGGUAAUAUUCUCACUCAUGAUGAAGAAGAUUGCGAGCAACUUAUGCACACCGCGUUUAUGAUGCAAAUAAAGGAGUUAGCUUUAUCAGCCGGUAAGGAAUUCUUGUAA